UAUUUCUGCUUGGCAAGAUUCUACGCAUAUGAAAAUUUUAUUUUUGGCGGUUAGAUGGCCCAAAAAUAAAAACUCAAAGGCUUUUCGCGUUUUGUACUUGAUUCCUCUUUCAGAUAGGAAACCCUAACCCUCCCUUUCCAUCAUCUUCAUCUCAAUUGAACAACACCAUAAUCAGAUUCGAAGAACUCAUUUGAUCGAUGGGUCUUUCACAAGAGAAAGAGAUGGACGAAGAAGAUUCUGUUGAUCUUUCAUCCGUGUAUGAGACUCUCGAGAAACUCCAUGCGGCAGCCGAUGAAGUGUUAUCACGGCCUUCGCCGUUUAUGCCUGAUUGGGAUCCUCCGUAUGAAUUUCCCCCGGGGCGUAAUGAUUGCUAUCUUCUUGCUUACAAAGACGCUCGUGUCGAAUACAUUGAACCUUCUGCUAAGGAUGUCUUGGAACUCUUCAACUCUAACUAUCAUACUGACUAUGAGCUUGUCGAUUGUCUCGACGUUUGUGUUGCUCAAGAUUAUGAGGUCUUUGCUCAUUUCAACUUCACUGCCAAGCCCAAAUCAGCUCCUCUAAAUGCUGAUGAUUUUUCUACUAAGGUGUUCUUUGCUGAGAUACAGUCCAAUUCUAAGGGUGUAGCGGUUCCCACCCAAUACUGUAUGUUGGAUGGUGUUAAUAUGAAACUUGGCUGUGAGAUGUGUCCGGAAGUGAUUGCUCAUCCCACCUCUGGCCCUGAUGAAGGGCUCUUACUACUUGAUCACAGUCCUCACUUUGUCCGGACUAAGAAAGCUUCUUAAAUGUCUCCUCAACUCCUCCUGAAAUCUACAACCCUCGUUGUUGGGUAGUGUAUGUGAAAUGUGAAAUUUCUAAAUUAAUGGUUACGUUGUGGUUUUGAGAAUCAGAGCCUGUUCUUUCCAGCUUAUUUUCAGUUUAAUUCAGUUCUUGACAAUACUUUUACUCACAUAUCACUAUUCAUUUCAAUUCAGUUCAACUGUUUUAUGCCGAAGAGAACAGGCCUCAGUGAUAUUUGUGACUCAAUUUACCUUGUAGUUGUUUUUUUUUUUUUUUUUUUUUUUUUUUUUUUUGUAGUAUUGUUAAAGACGAGAAGUAAAUAUUUGACUACUAUGUCUUUGUAUGCAAGGACCCUUGAUAAAAUACUAUCAUGAAAAGAAAAGUAUAUGGGCCUCUUUGAGCGGCUGUAUUUGCUUUCCUAACUAUUGGUCUUGUUUGGUAAAUAGAGUUUAGUUGUUAAUGUUUAGAGUUUGCUGUUAGCGUUUUAACUUUUUUAUUCAAUGAAUUUGACUGCUGUUUAUAUAAAUAUGUUUGGUAGUA